GGUUACGAGCCCCCAGAGGACUGUUAUUCAGAGAGGGAGAUAUUGCCAGCUCAUAUAUACGGAGUGCCAUAACCUGCCCUGGCAAUGCCUGUCUGUGGCCUAAAUCAGUUGACGGAUUUGUUUAUGUUCCCUUCAUGCUCUCUCCACUCUAUGACGACAUGGACCGAAUCACCAUAGAAACUGGGAUGCAAGACAUUUCCUCUGGAUCAUGUAUUAAAUUUGUCCCACGCACCCAUGAAGUGAGCUUCCUGGAUAUUCAGCCUAGAUAUGGCUGCUGGUCGUUCCUGGGGCAGACUGGAGGAAGCCAGACCCUGUCACUGCAGACUCCUGGCUGCAUGUGGUCAGGAGUGGCUGCCCAUGAGUUCAUGCACGCCCUUGGCUUUGUGCACGAGCAGUCGCGCUCAGACCGAGACCACUACGUGUCAAUUGUGUGGAAAAACAUCAUGCCAGACCAUAUUCAUAACUUCAGGAAACAGGUGACAAACAACCUCAACAGUCCAUAUGACUACAACUCUGUUAUGCAUUAUGGAAGAUAUGCGUUCUCUGAAGACGGUGGACCAACAAUAAUCCCCAAACCAGAUCCUUACAUUCCCAUUGGCCAGCGAGAUGGACCCAGUAAUCUAGAUCUUCAUAAAAUAAACGUUCUAUAUAACUGUGGUGCCAAUGAGUAACUGGGUCCAAAUAUUCUGUCAUCCUCUGUUGUCAGAUGUGGAAGGUGGUUUAUUGAAACUACUUGUGUGUUCAGUAGAUUUUAUGGGCAACUUUAGUUUAUGGGCAAUUUUCUAUGUUAGUAUUUUUGAUUUAUUCUCACAAAUUUUAAUCUGUACUUUUAGAGUAUCUUACUGGUUCCUGAGAACAAUAUACUAAUCUAGGGAAAAAAAUGAAAUAAAUAAACAGGCAAGUAAGAAUUAAAAGCUGCUUUUCUGCUGCUAAUAUCAGCGCUGUGACAGUUUUUAAGUGCCUGCUGCUGCCAAUUAGACCACUGCGUCCAAUAUCUGAAUUAGGUUUUU